CCGGACUUGGAGCUCAAGCAAAGUACAGUUCUUCGUUGAAAGUCUCUCGUCUCUUUUCCCCAGAAAAAAAAAGCAAUUGAUACUUCUUUUUUUAAACAAAAUGCGAAGAAGAUUUCUAGAAUGUUGACGAGAGCGCUUCGGAUUUUGAAACCCAGGUUAUUUCUGGGAAGUUUGCUACAGCGUCGAUCGGUUUGUUUCUCAGCUCCGUCGCCGGCGUUUUCUACCGGAGCUAUUUCCCGUACGACGGCUGAGAUUGACGCCGAUGAAGUUACUGCGUGCUUGGAUCCAGCUGAAUCGGUGACUAAGAUUCCGGUGAUAAUGCCUGGUAACCUUCAGCCACGUGUCGUCGUGUACGACGGAGUCUGUCAUCUUUGCCAUGGAGGUGUGAAGUGGAUAAUCAAAGCUGAUAAGUACAGAAAGAUAAAGUUCUGUUGUCUUCAGUCUAAAGCAGCUGAGCCUUAUCUAGAAGUGAGUGGUGUCACUAGAGAGGAUGUUCAGAAACGAUUUCUCUUCAUUGAAGGUCUCGGCUUUUACCAUCAGGCAUCAACCGCUGCACUCAGAGUGGUAUCAUACUUACCUCUGCCUUAUUCCGCAUUGAACGCGUUCUCCAUAGUUCCCACUCCUCUGAGAGACUCGGUGUAUGACUAUGUGGCGAAGAAUCGCUAUGACUGGUUUGGAAAAGCUGAGGAUUGCUUGGUUCUGAAUGACAAAGAGCUGUUGGAGAGGUUUAUAGACCGAGAUGAACUCAUUAAUCGAAGCUAAUGACGACCCUUUGAACAAUUUGGAGUUUGAAUAUAGAGAUCUAAAGGGAUAUAACUAGAGGAAAUUGUCCAAGUAUCAAAGCUUAUUAGGUUUGUGUUAGGUUUCUGAACACUAAUCACAAGGGGCUUAACAACCUUCCAAAGCUAAAUCAGCAUAAUCUUCUUUGCUACUUCUAUAAUUACUUCAGACAAAGCAGUAAGUUUUUGGCACGAAAAAAUAAUUCCAAAUUGAUUAUUUCA